CCAUGCUGCUGCCGCUGUUCUUUCAGGACAUUUAAUGGGGAAAAAGAGCAUUGGAGAUUUUCCGUAUGUUUAUGAAGAAGAAAACAAGAUCCCGUUUUCAGCAUUACCUGAAAAUAUCAAGCAGCUGGAAGACUAUCUGCAGUGGGAAGAGAUGUCCAAAUAUUUGCUCAGGCUCCUGGAAGGAAAUGAAAAUAAAAGCGCUCACAUCUUGAAAGCAGGGCUUCCCUGGCACGGCAGGAACACCUGGGAGACAGAUGACAGUAGCAGCUGGAAGGAUAUGAUGGAGUAUCUGCUUCAAGUUGUGAAUAUGAAAGAAAGCGCUCCAAGUUGAAGGGUCUCUCAGCCUUGAAGGAAUGGAAUAAUUUCCGUAAGAGACUAUGUUUCACAAGCACUUGAUUGUAUCAGAUAACCAACAAGGUUUCUUUUCUGUAAACAAGAUUUCCUUUGUGUAAAAUAUCUAAAUACACAUAUUCUUGUACGUUUCAGCAUUGCCUAAACUCUCCACUUCAUUUUCAAAGUUGCAUUUUCUCGCUUGAACUGCUUUGGUAUACAUAAUUGUCGAGGAAGGGUCUUCCAAUUAAUUAUAUGACUUGCCUGUCGAAUCAGUUCAUCUCUUAGUUUCAAGCUACAUGAUUUUUCAACAUUCACAAUAAAUAGUACUAAUAAAAA